AUGGCUGAAGAAUUAUCUCCAACGACAAGUAGAGUCGAUUUAACUAAACAAAGUACUAUUAUAGAUUCAAACGGUCAAAAAAUUGACUUAAAAUCUUUAUCACCACAAGAAUUAAAAUUAUAUAAUUUAUAUGGUAAAUUGCCAUCGAAGAAAGAUCUAUUUAAACAUAAAAUGCAAGAGAGAAAAUAUUUUGAUAGUGGUGAUUAUGCUUUAAAAAAAGCUGGUGUAGCUAAUCCAAGUGAUGUAUCAAAUAAUAAUUUACCAGUGACUAAUCCAAGUGGACUUAGAGAAUCAAUUAUACGGAGAAGAUUAAGUAAUAGUGCAGGUAGUAUAGAUACAUCAUCAUUUAAUCCAGUAGAAAGACAAGGUAGUAUAUCAAGUGGACCUCCACCAAGAUCACCAAAUAAAUAA